GCCAGGAGCCGAGCCGUCUCCGCAGGUCCGGCAGGUGCACGGGCACCGCCGGCUGACCCAGCCGAGCCAGAGCCGGAGGGGCCUCUGGCAGCCCCUUUUAGGCGGCCACGGGCCUCGACACCCGUGCCGCGCUUCGCACCCGCUCCUCGCGACCGCGCGGGUGGUGUGGCGGAGGUUUUGGGGCAGGGCCUGGCGGAGGGCGGCUUCCAGCCACCGGCCCGGGUGCCGGCGCGGUCGCGUGCGAGCAGUGUGGCGAUGUCCAGAAGAGAUGCGGGUAGCUGA